UUUUCUUUAAAUGCCUUCUAGUGUUUAUUGGUGAUUUUAUGGGAGUCCUGGCAAACAAUCCUCUUUACAUCAUCCUUAGAAGUAUAAUCCUUCAGGUUGUAUAUACUGGUGAAUCCACAUAGAAUGAAACUCAUUCUGUGGAAGGAGCAAUGGGCACAGCAAAGUCAAACACAUAGGAAAUCUACAUUCAAGGGGCAAUGCAAUUGAAGGUUGCACCUAUUCUCUCGAGGAACAGAAGGCUUUUGGAGCAUCUAACAAAUGGAAGGAAGAGAAAAAGAGUGAAAAAAAAUGAGAUUAAUUUGGAUAAACAUGCCACAAUAGAAUCAAUGAAAAGCAGGCAGGCAACAGGACCCAGCUGAAGCUCAGCCUCUGGAUCCCGAACUCAUCACAUGCUGCUGGAAACCACCAGAGGGAACACAGGGGAAAGAGGAUGAAGUCACUGUCCCACACACAUUACAACUGAUUGCAGGAGCACUCAGAGAAAAACAGCUUGAAGAAAGAUGUGUUAAAGAGUUUAUUCUCUUGACAGAGCUACAAGCCUGCUUCUGAAGAAUGGCGCUGAGUGACCUUCUUUACCCAGAUAACCCCAAGAGAAGGCAGGAAUUGAUCCAGCUGCACCAGGAACUGCUUGACUGCAUGUCCACAAAUUUCCAUGCCACAAAUGAGCUGGCUGGGGUGCUGAACGAGCACCUGGGCUGUACUAUUCCUCACAUUCAGAUGAGAGAGAGCAGCACUGUCAAGGAAAACUGUGAUAUAAUCAUUCAAGCCAUGAGUGAGAUUCAGCAUCAGGUACAGAAGAUUGAUAGUGACAUGAAGGAAAAGCUAGAGCCUGUGCUGUACCAGAAGCUGUAUGACAUCAAAGAGCCUGAGCUGGAGAAAAUUGCAAUAGCCCAUAAAAUCUUUUCCAUUGUUCUUGGGGAAGCAACUUCAACAGCUGAGAUGGUAGCUCUGAAACUUCUUGGGUCCAGUCUUGUAACUUUCACUGUGAGCAAGCUCAUUAGCCUCCUUGCACAGAUUGGGGCAUCUGUUCUUGGGGGAAUCAGCAUCACCAUCCUUGGGCUUGGAAUUGAAAUGAUCCUCCAUGCCAUCCUGGGAGCUGUGGAGAGGAAUCAGCUUUCCACAGCUGUGAGAAGCUAUGAGGAGCACCUGGCUGAGUUUAAAGCAGCCUCGGAAAAGUACCAGCGUGCCAUACGUGAAGUGACUUCUUUGGUGAGGCAGCAGGUUCAGUGAAGGAAGUCAGAGCCCUCUCUCCUGCUGUGACAGCAGCUGCAGCAGCUACACCUGCAGAAACCUUUUUUGAUUCAUUAUGG